GUUUAAUAGCCGCUAUAAUAACUAUAAUAAAAUGGUGCUAGCUAGUAAUAAUGAAAUAACUCAGUUUAAUAACCAUGAAUUAAUACUUCCUAGCGAUAACUAUAAGGCACAACCAAUAACCCAGCCUAAUAAUAAUGAUGAAAUGCAAUCGAUAAUUCAACCUAGCAAUAACAAUGAAGCCCAACCAAGUAAUGGCGAAAUAAUACAGUUUGAUAAUAUACAAUCAGAAAAUGAUAUCAAAAUAAUAUAUCUGGAAGACCAAACUACUAUAUCUACAAAUGAACAGAUCUUGGCACCACCUUUUGUUGGACAAACAUUCAACACUUGGGAGUGUGCUGAUGAAUAUCUUAAUGAUUAUGCCUGGAGAGAGAAUUUUGUAAUUAUCAAACUUAGAAAUGAUCGAGAUUCUUCGCCAGAGAAA